CAAACUUGUUGCUGGUAACUACCAACUACUUCCAGUACAUCAUGAUGUAGAUGUUGUGCACGGACCAUGUGCCACGGUAAGGCUGAGGGAAGAGCUUCCCCUCUAGCUCUCAUCUGAGCUUCAGUUACCCCACGACAUCGACGACGAUGCGCAGGCAUCCUGCAAAACUGAUUCAAACAAUCGACUUCUUACAUUUACCCCGGCCUAUGUGCGGUCACGUUCACUCUCGAUUCCCCCAGCCACCAAACAUCAAGCGCCACACCCUCAUAUCAGGCGCAGCUGCUGUGCUCUUGUUCCCGCCGCCGGCACUCUCGUAGCUCACUCUACAACGUCACACACCUCCCACACAAGAUGACCACCUUAGACGAUGGAAUCGUCGAUCAGUUCUUGAGUCUCCUUGAUGGAACCAUCAACCGCGAUCAAGCCAUACAUAUCCUCAAACUCUCAAAUAAUAACUUCGACACGGCGGUUGAAAAGUAUUUCUCCGCAGGUGGUCCUGAUGGGCUUCAGAGUCUACUGGAACAGCCCGUAGGGAAUGUCUGGGAUAACAGCGUCUUCAUGGCAGACCGGUAUGGACAGAGCGACACGAGUAACAGCAUUCCAACAUUCAACAUCGACUACGCACCUGGUUUGGAGCAUUACCCUCAUAGUGGCGGCCCCAGCGGCGCUCCCACACGACCUUCAUCUAGAACCAGCCAUCGUUCCAACGUCUCGACCCACGCAGGCGAUGCGCCGCGCCAGAGCGUCGAGACGGAGCAAGAGUCGGGCGUUGUAGGUAGCGGUGCGGCCUUUGGACCCGCCCAACAAGAUGCAUACUACGAUAAUGCAUCCUGGGCCAUGGUCCCCGUAUCACAAAGCACGGAAUAUGUUCCUGAUGCAGCGCUGCCGUAUCAGAGUCGCAGUCGUCACCAACCAGCUAUUCUAAAACCAUCUACCGGCCCUGAUUACCUCCCCGCAUUGUUGACCAUCCUACAUUCGAUACCGCUUUACCGAAAUGCUCUUCUUUGCCCAAAACUAACAAUUGACAACUAUUGGUCUGGAAACGAGUGGUGGAAGGGAAACGCGGAACCUCAACCACACACGAUCGAUGGCAACACUGCUUCAGCUUCGUCUGAUGAACAGCGGAUGGUUUACGAAAUACAGCGUUUGAUGGCAUUUUUGGACGACACAGAAAGAUCAUACGCGAGUUUGGAGGCAUUCUUUCAGCUCGACGCUUGGAAACAACCGAAUUCCUCAUUGGAGGAACAAGCUGACGACGAUCUGGUGAAGUUCUUGUUGAAGUGGAGCCAAUCGUAUAAGCAUCACCACCCCGAUGUGGAGCUUGACGGCGUGUUUCGAUCAACAAUCAAUAUAGGCAGCUCAGUUCAACAAUGUUUCGUACUGGAUGUCGAAGUUCCCGCAGUCUCCAACGAAGCCUUUAUCGAUCGCCAUCUUUACGAUGUACUGGACACUGCUCUAUUUGACUCCUCCGUGCAUAGUGCGCACAUCUCAAAUGCCAGCGACGUUCUUAUUUUUAGAUUGAGAUCGACACAAGACAGGCUGGACUGUGUGAUACCCGCGAUUCUGUACGCAGACCGUUAUCUGGAAGAGAACAAGCCUUUUGUUGAGGACAUGUUUGCUAAGAAGAAACGACAUGAAGGCGAAAUCAUUCAAGCGGAUCGUGAGAUUGACAAGUUUCAGUUCUAUAAACCGAAGAAGCCGGAAUUACCUAGUAAGCUGAAUUCUUUGGAUAUGAUUAAAGCCAGCAUGAAAGCUUUCGAGACGGAAGCGGGGGGAGGCGAAUCAGGCUAUGGAGUUGCUCUAGCUCAGCUCAAGUCUCUGUAUGAAAGGGUCGAGCAAAAGCUUGCCAGUUUGCAAGACGAGAAGCAAAAGGCCUGCGACACUUACCAGGAGGUUUCACAGGCAUUUCGUGCAUCGAUCAAUGAAGUGGAUAAACCCGUCGAUGGCGAUUCAUCGCGUGUCAACAAGCAUGCGUACAAGCUCCAGGGUGUAGCCACUUCUUCUACGGACUACUACCUCUUACAUCCAGAGAAAAAAUCAGAAGAUGCUAGUGAAACCCAAUCACGGCAAUGGUGGCACGUCAAAUACGACUACACUAACGGUGACGACGCGACGAUCGUGCGAAAUCCAGUCACCGUCGACAACGUCUGUGCCGACGCCUCAGCAAAUAGCGGCAAAGUCCUCCUCGUAUAUGCCAAUGAUGCAGCGCUCACAGUCGACUACAUCCAACUCUCAAAACCACUCCAGGACUUCGUGCAGGCCGACAAUGCUGUACUCGUAGACGACAUCGACCGCCAUACUACUGCCUGGGAAGAUUAUGACCCGCAAGAAGGCUUAACGCCCCUCGGUGGCUGGGACAUGGCAGAUGACGCUGUCAGAAGUGAUGGCCAAGAGCCUCCAGAGUAUGAUGAUUGGAAUGCAAUCAGCGCCAAAGAGUUCCAUCGAGCCAACAGUUACGACUACAAAGGAUUCAAUACUACAGUUGGUGGAGAUGACGGUGGAAACGACGCUGACUCCACUAUGAGUUCGACGACACUGACACCGAAUACCGAUAUCGAUGAUGAUGAUGAUAUUCAGGCCGCGGGCUCUGUCAUUGCGCGAGACACUCCGGAAAUGAAAGAAAUCAAUGGCGGUAUCGCAGCUUGGGCAGGAACAACAAGCAAUGCAAGCAGUGAGACGGUGGGUAUCGAACCCAUGAACAUGAUCAGGAACGGGCAAACACAGUCAAGCAAACCAGCAAUUGCUAGAACUGCCGGAGAUGGCGAUGUCAACAUGCAGGGUGUGCAGGAGUCGGAAGCCGUGAAGCCAGAGACCCAGCACACCGAGAAGACGACGGCAGACAAGACUGGGAGCUAGUCACUUUCUUAUCGCCAUGAAAUGAUUCCUAUUGCUCUUCUAUCCUUUUCCCUUGUGGCUGCGGAUGGGGUCUUCCGGGUCCAUGCAUGACGUCACGGUAUGGCUAUUGGGGUCUGCUCUUUGUUUUUCUUAAUAUUGUUUCGUGUUGGUUGUACACGUAUCAGGGGAUUUUGACCUAGCAUCUAUUUGGGCGUUGGGAGUUGUUCGCUUUGCGCCCGAAGUCUUGGUAAUCUUGGUAAAGAAAGCACCGGGGGUGGGAUAGCAUUGAGGGUUCGUCGUACGCUGUCUGUCUAAACUUCUUCCGGUGAUACACUUCCCACACCCACUCAUGUUGGCGCGAAGACUGUGUGUGCCUUCAAUCACCCAGCUGAAUUCUGGGCCAUGCUCUUUGUUCGCGUAUGGCUC